GCUGGACAGCCUUACCCCACAAUGACAUCACAGCACCUCACCUCUGAUCGCGGUUCUACGUAACAAUGCAGUUUGCACAAGACGAAUCCCAUAUACAUAUUAAACUCUCAGAGUUCCCAUUCUUCUUUCCAGCAUCAGCAAAUCCUCUUACAACUCUCUUCCCUAAUACUCACGACUGUACAUUCAACCCACGCACGUACCAUCACCAUCACCAUGCCCCGCAACGGAGACGGAUCCUCAGACAACGGACCCAUUGAGGGCCAGAACAUCGUCCACGGCAACUCUGGAGACGCCACCAUGGACCACACUAAGAAGGUAGCUCCCAUGCCUGAACUCGAAAAGGGCGAUGGCAUCGAAGGCAUGAGCGCUUCGGGCGGAGGCGAGAUGCCCAAGAAGGGCAUCACAGGCCAGGGCAAAGCGGCUACAGACUCGAACAAGCCCGCACCAGUCGACCAGGUCACCAAGUAA